AUGGCUCAGCCAGGGAAUACAGAACAAUGGGACACGGCCUCUGCGGGCGGCUCGCCGGUCUCACAGCAGCAGGCCGCUAACAUCUAUUCACCAGGCAGUGCAUCAAACGCUUUCGAGGGGCAGGUCGCAGCGAACGGUUCGCAGCUCCCAAGGAAUGAACCGGCUAGUGACUUAGCUGGCCAUUCGGCCGUUUCCCAGGCCACAACGUCUACGUCCUUAGGCGCGCCACCCAACCCACGAAGCUGCGUAACCUGUCGCCGUAGAAAGGUCCGCUGCAACAAGAAUCACCCUUGCUCUAACUGCGUCAAGGCGAAGAUUGAGUGUGUAUACCCUAGCCCAGGAAGAGCUCCGAGGAAAUCGAAGAAGCCCCGUGAUACCGAAUUGCUGGCACGUCUCCGGACCUUAGAAAACAUCGUAAGGAACCUGGGUGGGCCGGAAGCCAUAAGUGGCACUGGGCCAAUUCUGUCAAAUGAGAUCAGCCCUGGCCAGAGUCCAAAUAAUAAGCAGCAAGAGCGAGAGACAGACGGCUCUGGCGCUGUGCAGCAAAAUGCAGCUAUCAAGAACGAAGACCCGGGCGUGAGUGAGAUUGAGGAGAACAUGGGAAAGUUGAUGGCCGGAGAAGGAGGUAGUCAAUAUGUCAGCCAUCGAUUCUGGACGAGCUUUGGAAAAACUGUGGACGAUUUGAAAAGUAUCCUCGACCCUUUGUAUUCAGAUGAGGAUGAAGACGACACUCUCGACGAAUCGGUGUUCGAUGGGGCAUAUGGUGUGAAUCAUGAUGGGUUCUUAUUUGGCUUUUCGUCACUCGCUCAGAGCCUUCGCGAUUUCCACCCACCGCUGGACAAAGUGGACAUUCUAUGGGAAACUUACUGCCAAAACAUUGCGCCGAUAGUCCCAAUUUUCCACAACCCCAGCUUGAAGCCGAUCCUCUACCAUGGCGCCAAUAAUCUUGAUUCGUUGGACAAGAACACAGAGGUCAUGAUGCUAAGUAUUUACUACACGUCUAUUGCCUCCAUGAGUGCUUCGGAAUGCCUUUCCCGUCUGGGCGAAACCCGGGAUGUUGCACUGGGUCGUUAUAGAUUCGCGGUAGAGCAGUCUCUGGGCCGGGCUAAGGUUUUACAUUCAAGGAACUUUUCCCUUCUCCAGGGCCUAGUUCUAUUCCUGAUGUGUGUGAGGCAACAAGAUGACUCUCGUUAUGUGUGGACAAUGAUAUCUAUUGCAUAUCGCAUCGCUCAGGCACUGGGUCUUCAACGUGACGGAACCCACUUUAAUCUACCGCCGUUCGAAACAGAAAUGCGACGCCGCUUGUGGUGGCACAUUUGUAUCUUGGAUAUCCGGUCUUCCGAAGAUCACGGCUGCGAUCCAUUCAUUCACGAAACUUCAUAUGAUACCCGCUUACCAUUGAAUAUCAACGACGAGGACAUAGCCCCGGAUUCCAGUGAAGCUCCCGAGGAGAGGGAGGGCUGCGCUGAGACGUCAUUCUUUUUGAUUCGAUGCGAGAUUGCUGUUGCUAAUAGACGACUCAGUUUUACACCACCAAAUGCUUCGUGCAGGAUGAUGGCUUCUAGCUAUUCAAUAGCUGAUCGUGAAGAGCUCAUUAAUAAGCUCAGCACGAAUCUGGAAACCCGUUUUAUUCAACAUUGCGAUAUGACCAUCCCCAUCCAUUGGGUUUGUGCAACAGUUUCCCGCCUGGUAAUUGCAAAGUUUUGGCUUAUGAUUCACCAGCCAAUGGUUCAACAGUCUCCAAAAAAUGCCAUAGCGAGAGAGACCCAUGAUCGGCUUCUGAUGACGUCUGUAGAGAUCCUUGAGUUCUCUCGUUUAUUGGAAACAAAUGUCAACACCACUAAGUGGAGCUGGCUGUUCAAGACACAUAUGCAGUGGCAUGCUGUUGCGUUUCUCCUCUCUGAACUGUGUGUCCGACCACUAUGCCCAGGGGUUGAUCGUGCGUGGAGAGCAAUUAAUUCUGUGUAUGAGGCCUGGAACAUACAUUCUGAGAAAAAAAACGACAUGCUUUGGCCGGCUAUACGCAAGCUGAUGGCGCGAGCGGUAAAAUUCCGUGAAAAGCAACUUCUUCAACUCUCCAUCCAACACGCAAAAGCGAGCAUUGAUAUCCAUGCCUCAUGCGCAACAACUCCAUCAACAGACCCAUCGAGCACGUAUCUGACCUCCUCCUCCUCACCACCGCAGUAUUUGUCCGAGCCAACCAGUUAUUCACAUUUAAACCCGGACAUGCAGAUAGAUAAUGCCCCUCUUACGCAGAACUAUAAUUUUGGGGCCGGUCCGCAGUUGGGCACCACCCCAACGGGCCAGUGGGCGGAUCCCACGGCGAUCCCUCUGAGUAUAUCCCAGCUCGAUACUAGUAUACUAUCAUCUGCCUCGCCGUCGUGGUCUGAUUGGGACCAAUUAGUCCGCGAAUUUCAACUGGAUGUCGCCCAAAGCCGCCAAGCAAAUGCUCCCGUUGUGCCAGGAGGGGUAGUUCUCCCCGAUUGGUUUGAAUAA